GAGAUGCACACGCAAUCGGGUUUGGCACCUGGCGACCUGCCACGCGGAGUUGCGGCGGUUGGAGCGGGCGACAUGCCGACAUGCGACACACACAUGCGACUGGCCCAGACCGUGCUGUAGCGUUUCAGGCACAUAAGGCGUGCGGCUGUAUGCGUAUAUACACGUGUGACGUCGCACGAGAGCUAGCAUUACAGCCAGUCGGGCGAAGAGCGUCGUCCACAAAUAAACCGUCCCCUCCUAGGCCGAGCUCGGUGCAGGCUUCAGGCAAACGAGCCUUCAGCCGGGUUACCCGAGUCUCACCCGGACCAGCCCAGGGCCAGCCCCUGGUUGCGGAUGUUAACGCCGGCGGUAUCGCCUCCAUCCCCGUCCCUGUCUACGGCGGCGCCGGUGCCGGCGUGCCCCGCGUUUUCCGGCAGCCUGUCGUGCCUGAAGGACGCGCGCGACUUUGUGAGCCGCAUCCCCAACCCGCCCAUCGUGGGCAGCUUCAUGUCGGCGCUGCAGCAGCUGCCCGCUCUGGGCUCCGGCGGCGGCGCUGCCGGCAACCUGUUUGACAACCUGCGCCUGGGCACGCUGGCUGGCUACGCCAUGGCGCAGAACGCCCGCCUGCCAGUGUUCACGGGCAGUGAGAUCGGCGACUACCACAGCGGUCUGGACGGCCUGGACGCCGCCUGCGCCAACAUCGCCUCCAACGUGCAGCCCGGCGCGCCCUACGUGCUGGGCGUGGCCACCACCGAGCUCAUCGGCAACCUGCUGGCCAUCGCCAAGACGGGCGGCUCUUCCUCGGGCGUGGGCGACGGCGAGUCGGCCAAGCAGGCGGCGUGGCUGGCGCUGACCAAGCUGUCUGUGUGCGCCGCCAUCAACCCGUGCGAGAACACCUACAUCCUGGGCUUCAACGGCUUCAGCACUCCGCCCCUCACUACUGAGGUGGGCCAGUUCACGUUUUCGCUGCUGCGUGCGGGCUUCAGCUACGGCUCCAACUUCAACUCCAGCCUCAUGAGCCUGCUGGUGCACAACGCCUGGCAGUACGACUGGGCCCAGCGCCACCAGCCCGGCAGCCUUGUGGACGUGAGCCGCCCUGUCAACGUGCUGGUGGGCGGCCGUGUGACGUGGGGCCUGGACGUGUCGGCGCAGGAGGGCGGCCCCACGCUGGCCAGCAUCGAGCUGGACGCCGACGCCGAUGUGGGCGUGUCCACCAACGUGGGCGGCACCAAGGAGGUAAUCGUCACCACCAACGCACGCGGCCCGGUGCUGACCGUCGCCAAGCUGCUGACCAUUGACCUCCGCGGCCUGGCCGACCUGGGCCAGAACGUGCUGUGGCGCUUCCGCUCCGCCUCCGACUUCCUGUUCCAGUACGUGCUGUACGCGUCCGGCACCAACGACAUCUCCAGCGUGCUGCAGACCGCGCCGGGCCUGGGCUCGCUGCUGUCGCCCAUCAUCUCCUUCAAGGGCACGGGCAGCCUGGCGGUGCAGGUGGACGCGGUGGGCGCUGCGGUGCGCAUUGAGGUUGACGGCCGCUUCACCAUUGCCGGCGACAUCACCCGCCAGUUCGGCCUGCCUGCGGUGGGCGCGCGCGCCUCCAUCCUGCUGACCAAGAAGCACACGGAGUCGGACUUCCGCGUGACGCUGGUCAUCAACGGCCAGUCGUACUGCGUGGGCGUGACCGGUCGCGGCGUGGGCCGCCCCAUCAGCACCUGCCCGCCCGGCACCGUCCAGGACCCGCACGGUCUGCUGUGCUACCCUCCCUGCCGGUCGGGCUUCACCAUGGUGGGCCCUGUGUGCUGGCAGUCGUCUUGCCCUGCUGGCUUUGGCACCACGCCUGUGGACUGCACCAAGCCCGCCGCCUAUGGUCGCGGCGGCGGCUACCCUUGGAAGUUUGGUGAUGGCUUGAACCUGGAUGCCGCCAUGCGCCGCUGCCUGAGCGACAACCCCUCGACCGGCUGCGAGCAGUCCGGCGCCAUCAUCUAUCCCAAGUGCCGGUCUGGCUUCAAGCCCUUCGGCUGCUGCAUCUGCUCGCCUCAGUGCCCCGGCGGCAUGACUGACUCGGGCGUGAGCUGCCUCAAGCAGAGCUACGGCAACGGCGCGGGCUUCCCUCUGGGCUGCGCCCCCGGCGAGGAGCAGUCGGGCGGUCUGUGCUACCCGUCUUGCAAGGCCGGCUUUGUGGGCGUGGGCCCAGUGUGCUGGCAGUUCACGUGCCAGGCGUAAAUGCAAGUUGACCACCUGCCCUUAUGGGACACGACGUGUUAUCAUGAGUGUGCACGCGUACACGCACAGCAGGGCCACACACGCGGCUUCCUUGCGUACCACGCAUGCACGCAUGCACGCACGAGGCCCUGCGUUGGCUGGUAUUUCUUCCUUCCAUCCCUGCAUUCGUUUGUCUCUGUCGGGAUUUCUUUCUUUUCUUUGUGUUGCGCGCGGUGUUCUUCCUCAAUCCUCUGAACAUGCACGUGACCAAUGAUGAGCGGUUUGGCUUCUUGACGCGCUGGUUUGCUUGCUGCUAUACAUACACAUGCAUGCGCUGCUGGUUGGGCAUGUUCUAGUCGUUUGUCCAUAUUCUGUGGCUACGCCGUAUGUACACACAUUCAUGCACCGUAUGCAAACGCCUCACAUCUGCCGUACAUACCGCGCCGUGCUUACUCACGUUUGUUUGUCCAUCCAUAUUGUUGGUUCUUGUUGGUGCCCGCGGAAUUCAUCCAUGAAGGACUCGGAGAGACUCAGGUGCCUUGUUUCCAUGAUGUGCCAUUGAUCCCCGCACAACCUGCAUUUCCCCCACGCACAUACAUUCACGCACGCGCAUGCCUCAUUGGAUUGCUUAGCCUAGUCGAAUGCUAGACGCUGUUAGUAGACACCUGUACGGCUAUGCCCAAACAAGUCGUCCUCACGCGGUGGUAGGGCUCACGGGACUGAGGAUCAAUUGUGGUAAAGUAAGGCAGAGCUGGAUGGAGGAGGGGAUAAGGUAGGGGCCCGCGGCGCCUCCCUCUCGUGCAGCUAGCCGUGGGAACGCGUCUGCUGUUGACGUAUGAUGAAUGAUUGAGCGGCCUGGCGUCCAAACGGACUUCAUGCCUCGUCCAUCUGGCUGCAUGCAGGGCUCCGCUGAUCCGCGGCCAGUACGUACGUACGGAUGUAAAAGAGUGCGGGCUACCAGCCUUGAGCCACUGUGGAUGCGAACAGAGGUGUGCGCAGGGCAAACAACGCCUGAACAACGUCGUGCCAGGAAUGGGACAGACAUGGCGUUGCCAGUGAGCCUUUUAUUGUCCUGCACUCCUGCCUAUGUGGUAUUUGCAUAGGCUACGCAAACAACAUCAUGGCACCAGCAAAACGGCGUCCUCUCUUUUGCAAAGGGCUUCGUAAGUCGCGCACUCGCGCUGAAGUUUCAAAGGGGCCGGAUUCAGAUCCAGGCAAGAUGGGAGUCAGCUCUCCACGCGGGGCCCUAUGGUCGUAGCUAGCUAAUUUCCCACUCAACUAUAUACUGCAAGGGCAUGAAUCAGCCUCUAGCAUUCCGGGAAAUGCUCAUUCGCGACGGCGGCCUAUAUGUCAGCGCGCAUUUCCGCGUCGCAUUAGGGAUGCUGAUAUACUUGAAGCAAGGAUACAGGAUGGGACUUAAAUUGGAUUC